GGGUCAGAUGCCAACUAAGGUCAUACCAUCCACAGUACUGCAGUGCUAGUGCCAGUUACGAACUAUAUGCUACUUACCUGCUUAUUAUACCCGUAUAUUAAAAGAAGUUAGAUUAGAACAGACUAAUUUGGGCUAAAAUGCCUUCUGAAACGGUCGGAACUGAGGCAAAUCCUGGUACUUUGUCUGCGGUUGCAGGACUGAUUGGUCUUGAUGCACCCAGCUUUCUUUUUCUGUUGACGCUACUGUCAUGUUAUCCCUUGUGCUAUGUGUCAAGGACCUACUUGCAUGGCCAGGCACAAACCAUCAAGCAUGUCUACUUCACUCUGUGCGGCCUCACGCUGGCAUCUCUUAACUUUGGCUAUGACAUCGUCCAUUCGAUGAUCUCCCUGCUGGUCAACUACAUCCUGCUGGUUACUGUAGGAGGAAGCCAGUUCUCCGUAGCUCUGUCUUUUGCCUUCAACAUGGGUUAUCUGCUGAUCGCCUACAUCGUGGUGUCCACCGAUGGCUACGACGUCAACUGGACCACGCCCCACUGCAUCUUGACCCUGAGGAUGAUCGGCACAGCCUUUGACCUCUACGACGGCCACAGGGACGAGAGCAAGCUCAGUGCUGAGCAGAAGGAGUUAAACAUCAAGACCACGCCCACACUGCUGGAAAUGUGUGGCCACACCUACUUCCCGGGGGGUUUCUUCGCUGGCCCCCAGUUCCCCAUGCGCCGGUACCUUGACUUCACCGCAGAAAAACUCCUGGACAACGACGAGGGGCGCCUGCCCGACUGCGUCAUGCCUGCGUUCAACCGGCUUGGGGCAGCGGCGCUGUACGCCCUUCUGGAGUGUGUGCUGGCACCCAUCUACUCUAAUGAGUUCUUGCUGUCGGAAGAGUUUGCUGAGGGGGCCUGCAUCAUGAGUGGCCUGGCUUACAAUGGAAAGGACGAGAAGGGCAAUGCAGUGUGGGAUGCCUGUGCCAGCGUCAAGCCAUGGAAGCUUGAGACGUCCACGCACACGGCAGAGUAUAUCAGGUCGUUCAACCUCACCACCAACACUUGGGUGUCAAGGCUGGAGAUUGUACUUGGUAGUGUGAUUUUCUUUGCCAUGGAUGUGGCAAGGGAGGGGGCCUGCAUCAUGAGUGGCCUGGCUUACAAUGGAAAGGACGAGAAGGGCAAUGCAGUGUGGGAUGCCUGUGCCAGCGUCAAGCCAUGGAAGCUUGAGACGUCCACGCACACGGCAGAGUAUAUCAGGUCGUUCAACCUCACCACCAACACUUGGGUGUCAAGGUAUGUCUUCAAGAGGCUGAAGUUUCUCAACAACCGCUACAUUUCCCAGACGGCGGCUGUCAUGUUUCUCGCCGUCUGGCACGGCAUGUACAUCGGCUACUAUAUAUGCUUUGGCCUGGAGAUCUUUGUCACGACCACAGAGGCAUUUGUGCAAGAUGCCGUCAAGAGAUACCCCCCACUCGCCAAGCUCGUCAACAAUCCCGCCCUCAAGUUCCCCAUCUUCGCGUACCUCAAGUUCAACGUCUCCUUGUUCGUUGGCUAUCCCCUUGUCAGCUUUGUCCUCCUACGCUGGCGAAGGAUCCGCCUGGUGUACUCUGCAGUGUAUCACAUCCCGACCCUGGUGGUAGUCGGCUUUCCCUUCCUCUAUCAGUUUGCCAUCCUGCCGCGCCUCAAGAAGUUGGAACGAGCCGCCAAAAAAGCAGCAGAGGAACCCCAGGAUGUACAGAAUGGCGAAACAGAUAAGUCCAAGUGAAGGAUGUCAAGCAAAUGAGACAGAAGAGGUCCCGUGGGACACUGGGUGACUACUUGUCUUUAUCCCCAUUGUAAAUUGCCUAAAAAUCUGCCAGAAUCCCAACCCCUGGACUCCUAAAUUCAGCCAUGAUAUCUGUGCAAAUUUGCCUCAGUGUCAUACAACAAGGAAACUGACCCUGCUUGGUCCCACAAACCACUUGAUUGACCAACUUAUGCGAGGAUGUGAGUUUGUCCACCAAUGGAAAUCUUGCUCUGAUGGAUUUUGGCAGAUUUGGCUCUUUAACCUUAACAGUGUUGGGAAACCCCCCUCCCCCCAAAAAACUGCACCAAACCAAAACAACCAAAGUUUAAAAAACCCGUUGAGGGAACCAGGUGAAGAGACAUUAUUUGAGUGAGCGUCAGCUCAUUUAUAGGGAGGAGGGUUUCUCCUUGCAUGCUACCCACAUCAGUCAGGUCCCAAUGAAGCAUUCCUGUUGCAUGUCUAUGCAAUAGUAAGAGGUCACCAUACUGAAUUUUGAGUCACAGAGUGUAACAUUGGAUUGGUCACAAUGCCAGUUGUAGUCAGCCAAAGGUCGAAGGUUCAACUGUCGCCCAAGUAGAGGAGAAAGUUUUACUCAUACAGUUGUCAAGAUUUUUUCAGAAACCAACAUAGUGAUGAAUAUUUCCUGGAAGAGAAUGUGUAAUAUUUUGCCAGUUUUGCAAUGCGAAUUCACAAAUGAACUUGAAACCUCAUUAUUUAAGGCCUCAGUCACAUGUACGUGUACAAUUGUAGCUUGGUACGAAACGAUAUAUACCUCAUAAUUUUUUUUUGUUUCAGAUAUGAAGAUAACCUAAAUUUUUCUCUUCAAGGACAUUGUCAGGACAAAAUAAAAGGAUGAUUUGAAUUUUUGAAAUAACAGACAUGAGUAAAUUCCGCAAAAUUAAAUUGAAGUUGGACAAUUUGGGAUCGGAGUGACUGCCCAAGUUAUGGUUCUCAUUACUCGAUGGUGAGUCUCCUUAAAAUGCAACUCACAUUGAGCCAGCUUUGGGCAAGCUCGGGGGGAAAGCUAUAGUUGACCACCUGUCAAUUACUUUACAAUGAUUCAGGGCCACAAUAGAAUCACACUCAAAGUACCGCAAUUGAACUAUGUUUUGAAAUUUAGUCCUCGUAUAUUUCACUGUAGGCUGCAUCUUUUUCAGCCUUCAUGCUCAAUGACAUCAAUAUCUCGUACAAUUACUUUUCUUGUGAAUUGUUCUCCCCACAUUGAUGAAUGAAAUCACCUUUGAUAACCGGUGAUGCAACCACGCCCCAGGGCCUGGUUACAGAAGGUUAACCAGAUGGUCCAAACCAUCCAUCAUUCAGGCAACAUUGGUCAAACUGUAGUUAACUACUGUAGCUCCAAUUAAUUAACCCUCUAAUGUAGAUCCUAUUACACUGAGUAAAACUAAACAUUGGAAAUGUUCAAUUCCUAUCGAGAUCAAUUUCCCAACAGCUGUAUUAGCGUAGGAGUAGUAUUCAGGCUAUUGGUAGCCAAUCUAGACAACAUAUAUGUACAUCACAGAAUUUUAAGAUGAGAGUGGUAUUUUUCUCCUAGCCAAUCUUAGAAUUGUGUCUCUAAACCUUGAAUGUAAAAAUGUUUCAUGAACAUGUAAAUAAUGGAAUUUGACGAGAGGGAAAUAUGCCGCAGAAGCUCAUCAGUACAGGACUAGCAAUUUGUUUUGAACUUUCCAUAGUAUUUUGUUUUCUUGAAUACCGUUUGAAAUGUGUAUUAAUUGUUAUAACAGCCGAGGUGUGUUGUAACACAGAUCACUGUACAUUUUUCUGCGGUUUUUGUUGUGUGUGUAUUGAAUUUAUGGCCAGAAUGUUUUUAUGCAACUUUUAAAGUACAAUUUUUAUGGAGUUGUGGGUUGAGGGUUUUUUUUUUGGGGGGGGAGGGUUCCAUUUAUGGAAAUUCUUUAUAAAACUGCUCUUUUUUUAAUCUGGGGUUGAAAAAAUGUGGUGUUACUUGUCAAGCCAAAAUCCUAAAUGGCUGUGGAAAUUUUCUCCCAGCAACCUUGCCAAGCCAAGCAAUACCCAACAACAGCAGCCUGGCAAAUUUGACAGGUUCCUUUGUCGGUAAACUGGAAAUCUGGGAACUCUGUACUCAAGUUGUUGGUCACUGUUCUGUCUGAAAAACUUGAAGUUACCAGCUGAUUCUAAAUGCAGCUGGGUUGUGCAAGGUUCAGGGAGAAGAAAAUAUUUUUCCUGAAAGAGCACCUCUAAGGAAAACACGUUUUCUCAGAUUUUAUC